ACAACUCAGGAGGCUGCCGAUCAUAUUAAGAGAAAGCUGAAGAAAAUGAAGAAGGUUUUAAUCAUUUUGGAUGAUAUUUGGAGGCCUGGAAUAGAUUUGGAGGAGCUUGGAAUUCCUCUUAGAAACGAGCCAAAAAAGAUUGAGGGGAGCUCGUCAAGAGAAGAACAUGCGGAAUGGAUUGAGGGGGGCUCGUUAAGAGAAGAAUAUGCAGAACGCAAAAUUCUGGUAAUUUCCAGAGAUGCUAAUGUUUUAUCAGAUCUGAUGGGUUCUCAACAAAACUUUCUACUUCAUCAAUUAAAAUAUGAAGAAGCAUGGGAGUUGCUUAAAAGGAUAGUCGGUGACCGAGCAGAGAGAGAUGAUAUACAUAGCGCAGCCAUUGAGAUUGUCCGGGAAUGUGGGGGCUUGCCCCUUGCAAUUACAACAAUGGCAAAGGCUUUGAAAAAUAAGGAGCCUUACGAAUGGAUGGAUGCUGUGAGAAUACUAAAAAGGCCCUCUUCAGAAAACUUUGAUGACAUAUCUGCAAGUGUUUAUUCUGCUAUUGAGCUCAGUUACUCUCAUUUGGAAAGCGAGAAGCUCAAGAAGACAUUUUUGCUUUGUUGCCUAAUCGGUCACGGGUAUUCCAUUCAAUACUUGUUGAUGGUUGGUGUGGGCUUAGGCUUAUUUGCUAACACCAUAGAGCAAGCACGAAAUGAAGUACUUACUUUGAUAAGCAAGCUCAGAGCCUCUUCUUUGCUCAUUGAUAAUUCUGACAGUAAUUAUUUUGAUAUGCAUGACCUUAUUCAUGAUGUGGCUGUAUCAAUUGCAAGUAGGGAUCGUCAUGGGUUGCUGCUAACAGGUGAUCAUGAACCGAAGGAGUGGUCAGACAGGAAGGAAAUGAAAGGUUUCAAAUGGAUUAGGCUGCAAAAUGCUAAUAUUAAUGGGCUUCCUGAUGUGUUUGAAGGUCGUCAGCUUACCUUUUUUAGUUUGGAAAAUAAUGAAGCUUCUCUGAAAAUUCCAGAAGAAUUUUUCGAGGGAAUGCAGGAACUCAAGGUACUGGAUUUGGCUGAAAUGCAUUUUACUUCCCUACCUUCAUCAAUUGGCCUCCUAAAAGUCCUCCGUACAUUAUGUUUUUAUGGUUGCUCGUUGGGAGACAUAAGCAUUAUUGGAAAGCUGAAGAAUUUAGAAAUUCUGAUCAUUAGUGGUUCUGAUAUUGAAGAGCUACCAAGGGAAAUUGGCGAGUUGACUCAGCUAAAGUUGUUAGAUCUGAGUUGCUGCUCUGAACUAAAAAUAAUUCCGCAGCAUGUCUUGGCAAGGAUGUCCAGAUUAGAGGAACUGUACCUGGGAAAAGCCUUCGAUGGAUGGGGGGUUGAGGAAAAUGAUAAUCAAAGAAAUGCGAGCCUUGCUGAGUUGAAGCAUUUGAAGAAAUUAACUAAUUUAGAGGUAUGCAUUCCUGAUAUUCAAAUGAUCCCAAAAGAUUUCUUCUUUGAAAAUUUGAAAAGAUUCGAGAUCUUUAUUGGACCUAAGUGGGAAGACCAGGAUAGUUCCUUUGGAAGCUCAAGAAUAUUGAAGUUGCAUUUAAAUGCAUCCAUUAGUUUUAACUAUUCAGUUAAAAUGUUGUUGAAGAUGACUGAAGAGCUACAUUUAAGGGAGUUGGCAGGUGUACAGAACGUGGUUGAUGAGUUAAAUGCUGAAGGUUUUCCAGAUUUGAAUCGCCUUUCUCCAGCACUCUCCAACACUCCUUCAUCUAAAAUAGCCACGUGAACUUUUCUAGUUGGAAACUUUGAAUUGGCGAGCCAAUGUUUGUUACGUGGACAUUUUACAUGAGAGAGUGUUGGAGAGUGCUGGAGAAAGGCGAGUGCAGCUAGCGUUCCUCCUGAGUAAAAGGCUAUACAACUACCAUUGAUAGAGAGUUCAAUUAUUAUAAUAUUUCUUAUUUUUAAAAUUACUUUUUUGAGUGAUAUUCUUAAAAUUAGUCAAAUAAAUGCAAAACAAUUAAUUUGUCUUAUUAAAUGAUUAAAUGCGCU